AUGGCUUCUGCCAUCCUCGCCAAACGCAGGCGUCGCCGUCGAAGGGCCGACAAGCCAGCUGCCGCCGCGACCCUCCUCCUCGACGGCAAUGUCAAGGGCGAUGUCGGCUUCCUGUCCGACGACCUCUUUGCUGAUCUGUUUCCUCAACUUUCCAACUCCAUCGCGCCCUGGGCUCCCACUGCCUCUCCGACCAAAACAUCAUGGACCCUCGUGCCCGUCCUCAAGAACCCCGAGCUGGGGCCCCUCUAUCCUGCAGUUUUCCCCGAGGUCCCUGGCCCUGCAGUCCUUCCGCACGGCUCUGCAGCACCUGGCCCCCUCCAAGCUCAUGGGCAACGCCCCGCGGUGGCAUUGAGAUUCUCGUCCUCGAUGCCGUUGCCCUGCCGCUCGACACCGUCUUUGUCAAAUCUCGAGAAGGAAUCCAUCAAAGCGUCUGGGAACAGGGCGAGGGCCAUUUCUUCAACAGCCACCCCGACCACGACACCAAGGCCAAGGCCAAAGGGCAAGACCGCCACCUCCCCCGAGGAUCACCUCACCGAGGCCCUGCGCGUCGCGCUGGGCAGCGUGGCUGUCAUACACUCUGGCGACCAGUUUCUUCUGCCUCUGCCGCCUCAUCCCGUCACCCAUGUGCCGCCCAAUGGCGGCGAGAUCGUCAUGUGCGAGCCCUAUAACCAGGGCAUCCUGACGCCCGACACCAAAAUCGUGCUGAUGCGCGGCAACGUGCGCGCCAAGUCUGGGCGUACGCCGGCUGCCAUGGCCGCGAACCGUGGGCUCAACGGCGUGCCCGAGGACGACGAGGACACCGCCAACGACCAGUUCUACUCGGCCGCCGAGGAGCGCUACAAGACGGACGCCCAGGUCACAGAGAUGGAGACGGUCACAGAAACAGAAGAGUCUGAGGCCUCGGGGCUCGAGCAGGAUGACGAGAGUUCUGACGACUCCAUGGACGACAUGAUCUCUCUUCAGGCGCCCAUGCUGCACACAACAAACGCUAGUGGCGUCUCCACGAUGCAACCAGGCUCGCCCAUGACCAUUGGCAGGGGGAGGCGGACCAACGGCAUUGCGACACCCGGCUCAGUCUUUUCGUCUUACACUGCGACGACCGCGCGACCGGACCGCCCUCGAGGCCGUCUCUUCAAGGCGCAGGGCCUCAUGGAGCAGAUACCUCAGGUCCUCCUCCACCCGAAGCCGACGCCAGAAGACGAUGAGGAGGCGAGGAUAUUUGUCGACAUUUCUUCUUUGCUGAAAAUUGGCUGCUUUUCGGGAGACUGGGUCCGUGUGGAGGCGGCUGAGGAACCUCCCGCCCACGGGUUCGGCGCCUUUGGUCUCGGUGGCCUCAACAGCCUGAACGCCCUCGAGGACGGCCCGGAGCCAAACUGGCGGCCUGUCAGGGUGUACAGUCUUCCCGAGGGAUACACGCAAAAACCCGUCACGAGGAUACCGAGCUCGAGGCACCUGCAGCGCAAGCCGUCCUUUUUCGAGUCACAAACGCAGAAGCCCACCGGCCCCGCGGCAUACAUCUCCCCCAUCCUCCUCGCAAAUCUCGAAUCGCCAGCCUACCUUCGUCUCUCGCCCCUGAAACCCAGCACGCCGCAAGGCAAGAGGACUGCUGCCAAGUUCUCGAGGGCAUCUCACCCACCCUUUGCGCGAGACAUCACCAUCCAUCAAGUCAGGUCCCCCAUUUCCGUCGAGAGGGCGUACCAGACCGUCGUCCUGGCUGGUCUCAAGCGUUACUUUGCCGAAAAGGUCCGAAUUGCCAAGGCAGGUGACUUGAUUGCUGUUCCUAUCGAUACUCUUCUCGGAAAGAUGUUUCAAGAUGCCGAGGUCGACAACAUCAUAUCCUUAUCCAACGACACGUCCAAGGCCAACCAGGUGGCGUGGUUCAAGGUUGGACAUGUCCAAGCGCAAAAGCGUGAUGAAGACGACGACCUCAUUGAGGAUCUGUGGAAGGGCGUGGCCUGCAUAGACAGCGAGACGGUCGGUAUGAACCUGUCAGGCUUUGUCACGGCCCGCCCCCCCGCCAGCUUGUCUAGCACCUGGGAAUACUACACUGGCGUUAAAAAGGCUCCCAUCCGAUCACUGGCCGCGCCCACACCGGCCCUCCCUUCGCAAGACCAACGCUACAUCUCGCCCCUGAGACACAGGCUGCAGGCCCUUCUGGCGGCGGCGACCAGUCCCGCGGCCAUUCACGGCCGCAUGUCACCGGUUGCCAUCCUUCUCACCUCGACGCAUCGCUACAUUGGCAAGUCGACCGUAGCCACCGCUGCGUGCGCCGAUGUCGGACUUCACACAUAUCCCAUUGACGCGAACGACCUGCUGAGCGAGGCAGAAGGGAGCGGCAGCGACGUCAAGACGGAAGGUUUCCUCAAGGCUCGAGCGGAGCGUGGCCUCAGUUGUGGCGCCGACUGCACGGUGUUGCUAUUCAAGCACAUUGAGGGCCUGACGGCAGACCGCAUGGUGUCGACGAUGAAAGGACUACUCCAGGAGUCGAGGGUCUUGAUUGCGACGACAAAUGAUGUCGACAAGCUGCCCAAGGGCCUGCGCAGCCUCUUCACAUACGAACUUGAGAUGGGUGCUCCUGACGAGGUAGAGCGAGCAGGCAUCUUGAGGAGCGUCGUUGACGAUAUGGGGCUCGACCUUGAUCUCGAUGUUGAAAUCAGUGGCGUUGCCCUGAAGACGGCUGCCUUCGUAGCAGGCGGAUUGGUGGACGCGGUGGAGCGGGCUCGCAUCGCCCGCAACCUGCGGUUGGAGGACAUGUCGCGAAAGGCCUCGAGCGACAACCGAAUUGUGACCGUCAGAGACGUCGAGGUCUCGGGCGGACCACAAGCCACCGGAUGCCCUGCAGCACGCAGCGUGACCAAGACCGAUUUUGACGUUGCCGUGGAGAAGGCCCGCAAGAACUUUGCUGGUGCCAUUGGCGCACCCAAGAUCCCCAACGUCACCUGGGACGACGUGGGUGGCCUGCAAUACGUCAAGGACGCUGUCAAGGAGACCAUCCAGCUGCCCCUCGAGAGGCCGGAGCUGUUCGCCAAGGGGCUGAAGAAGCGCUCCGGCAUUUUGUUCUACGGCCCUCCCGGAACGGGCAAGACGCUCCUCGCCAAGGCCAUCGCCACCGAGUACAGCCUCAACUUUUUCAGCGUCAAAGGCCCCGAGCUGCUCAACAUGUACAUUGGUGAGUCGGAGGCCAACGUGCGCCGCGUCUUCCAAAAGGCGAGAGACGCGCGCCCUUGCGUUGUCUUCUUCGACGAGCUCGACUCGGUCGCGCCCAAGCGUGGCAACCAGGGAGACAGCGGCGGCGUCAUGGACCGCAUCGUGUCGCAGCUCCUCGCUGAGCUCGACGGUAUGUCGGGCGGCAGCGAUGGCGGCGGCGGCGUCUUCGUCAUUGGUGCGACCAACAGGCCUGACUUGCUUGAUCCGGCACUGCUGCGGCCGGGCCGCUUCGACAAGAUGCUGUACCUUAGUGUGGCCGACACGCGCGAGACGCAGCUCAAGAUCCUUGAGGCUGUCACCCGCAAGUUCACCCUUCACCCCUCACUCUCGCUCGACCGCGUCGCCUCCCAGUUGCCCUACCACUACACGGGUGCAGACUACUACGCUCUCUGCAGCGACGCCAUGCUCAAGGCCAUCACGCGCCAGACGUCGUCCGUCGACGCCAAGGUGGCGGCCAUCAACGCAGCACGCGGCCCAGACCAGCAUCCUAUCUCAACGGCCAACUUUUUCGAUCAUCACGCCACGGCAGAGGAUAUUGCUGUCGUCGUGACGGAAGAGGACUUCCUCGCCGCCGACCGGGAGCUCGUGCCGUCCGUCAGCGCAGGCGAGCUGGCGCGGUAUGAGACGAUGAGGCGUUCGUUCGAGGGCCCGGCGCAGAAGGAAGGGCAGGAGGCCGAAGUCGCGAGACCAGGCGGCGGCGCUGCGAGGGCUGUAUCCGGCGAGUCGGUUGCCAGUUCCAAAGGGAAGGGCAAGGCGCCAGCGCGGGAUAAGGGCAAGGGGAAAGCGCUGGCGGUGGACAGCGACGAUGACGACGAUCGGGCCCCCAACGGCCGCGUCAAUAAGGGCAAGGGCAAAGCUGCUUUUCAGCACGGGACGGCGGACGAUGAUGACGAGCUGUACUGA